AUGACCACGGCGCCACCUCCGCAGCCUCAGGUCUCACACUCCAUCACCUCCGACGGGACGCCGUCGGUGGCACGCUCGGCGGCGAGUUUGUGGCAGCCCCACAGCGAGCGCGGCGUCGAGCCUAAUCGAUCUGGUCGGUCGGCCGCACUCCCUGGGUUCCAGGGAGAGGCGAGGGUGGGCGCGCCGGCGGUCGAGCCGCCGAACAAUUCGACGUGGCGCAGCUCCGUGCCGGCGGGGACGACCAAGCACAUGAUGUCGGCGGCGGUCGCGCGACGAGCGAGAGCCGCAGGGGCCCUCUGA